UCCCGGGGCGGGGACCGCACACUCGCACGGGGCGAGAGCGUGCUGCCCGGGAACGUCCGUCCUGGUCGGGGAAGACGAUUGGAACUUUGCAGGCUGACCCCCGCGGUGGUGGACGUCGGGGCCGGGACGCCGCAGUGGGGUCCCCGGGACCGCUAACUGCUUCAGCCCCGGGGAACCACAGCCCAAGGCCAAGGGGACGACUCCCGACGCGGACGCUGGCAGGUGCUUUGCCUGCGUGCAUGUCUGUGUCCCGCGCCCAUCUUGUGUCCACAGAGCCCAGACGAGAGCUCCAGAUCACCUGGAAGGACUUGCUGUGAGCCAGCCAUGGCUGCUAAGGAUUGCCCAUCAUUGUGGAGCUUUGGAACAACAAAGACAUUCAAAAUCCCCGUUGAGCAUUUGGAUUUCCAGUAUAUUGAAAAAUGUUCGGACAUAAAACACCUGGAAAAAAUUCUCUGCGUGCUGAGGUCCGGUGAAGAGGGCUAUUACCCUGAACUCACAGAGUUCUGUGAGAAGCGCCUCACGGGCCUGGCCCCUGGAAGUCGAGCCCUGCGGAAGGAUAAGCCUGCAGCGACCGCGUCCAGCUUCACAGCGGAGGAGUGGGAAGAAAUCGACAGUGACUUAAAGAGCUGGGUAUCAGAAAUCAAAAGAGAGGAAAAUACGAGACACUUCCAUGACCCCGAAACACACCGAGGAGUGGAAGAUCAUCUGCCUCCAGUCCGUGGCUCAGACAACAGCCCUCAGAGCGGCAAGGGAACCUAUCCUAAAAGCAAGCCAGCUAAGAAGAAAGUCCCACGGGAUUAUGCCGAGUGGGAUAAAUUUGAUGUGGAAAAGGAAUGUUCGAAAAUUGAUGAAGACUGCAAAGAAAAGACAAUGGUAAACAACAAGGCUCAUUUGUCUAAAAUUGAGACAAAAAUAGACACAGCAGGUCUAACUGAGAAGGAGAGGAGCUAUCUGGCCGAUCGUGAAAGGGGGAAAGGAAAUGAGGCUUUCCACGCAGGGGACUAUGAAGAGGCCGUGAUGUAUUACACCAGGAGCUUAUCAGCCCUUCCCACCGUGUCUGCCUAUAACAACCGAGCACAAGCGGAAAUCAAAUCACAGCGAUGGGACAGCGCUCUCCAAGACUGCGAGAAGGCCUUGGAGCUGGAGCCUGGAAACAUAAAAGCUCUCCUGAGACGUGCCACUGUGUACAAACACCAAAACAAGCUCCAGGAGGCCGCGGAAGACCUGAAAGAGGUGCUGGGCCUGGAGCCUCAUAAUGAUUUGGCCAGGAAAACCCUGUCAGAUGUUGAAAGCGAGCUGAAGAAAUCAGAACCAGCCUCGGAGCCCCACAGCAAAGGGACAAGGAUGGUGAUUGAGGAAGUGGAGAACUCGGGAGAUGAAGGUGAAAAGAGAAACGGAGACCAACCUGAAGACGGCGGCGGCGGCGACACGGCCAGCGCCAUGGGCAACAUCCAGAAGAAGCUGCUGGGCCGGAGCGAGGGCGGCAGGCGGUCGCGGCGGGGCCGGACCCCGGGGCCCCGAGCCGAGCAGCAGGGAGGCCCGCGGGGGCCCGCGACGGCCGGAGGCGGCGACCACCCGCACCCCGGGGAGCCCCGAGCCCCCGACGGUCCCGGCGACCUCAAGGGCCAGGGCAACGAGCUGUUCCGCGGCGGGCAGUUCGCCCAGGCGGCCGCGCGGUACUCGGCGGCGAUAGCGCAGCUGGAGCCAGAAGGAAGCGCAAGCGCGGACGAGCUAAGCAUCUUGUAUUCAAAUAGAGCAGCAUGCUACCUCAAAGAAGGGAACUGCAGCGGCUGCAUCCAGGACUGUAACAGGGCUCUGGAACUUCGCCCAUUCUCGGUGAAGCCUCUUCUGCGCCGAGCAAUGGCCUACGAAACCAUAGAGAAAUACGGGAAGGCUUACGUGGACUAUAAGACAGUGCUGCAGAUGGACGCCGGGAUCCAGCUGGCAAGCGACAGUGCCAACAGAUUAACAAAAAUAUUAAUGGAGCUAGAUGGACCAAAAUGGCGGGAGAGUCUGCCACCCAUCCCGGUUGUCCCCACCGCGUCUGAGCCACCCCAAGUUCGGCCUCCUGCUGCAGAGCCCCCAGACCAAGAGCUACAUCCCAGCGGCUGCCCGCCGGGCACCACAGAUGAAAAAAUGUUUCAAGUCCUUAAGGAAGAAGGAAAUCAACUUGUAAGGGACAAAAACUAUAAGGAUGCCAUUAGUAAAUACAGUGAGUGCUUAAAAAUUAACAGCAAGGAGUGUGCCAUCUAUACAAACAGAGCCCUCUGCUACCUGAAGCUCGGCCAGUUUGAGGAGGCGAAGCUGGACUGCGACCAGGCGCUUCGGAUAGACGGAGAGAACGUGAAAGCCUGUUACAGACUAGCGCUCGCCCAGAAAGGACUGGAGAACCGCCUGGAAAGCUCAGCUGACCCGAGUCAGGAUCUUCUGCACCCAGAUGCGGGUGAGGCAACCAGGCCCCCGGACGCUAAGACUGGCACGGCGCCUCCCAGCAAAGGGAGGGAGAGGAGGAGAAUCCAAGUCCAAGAGGUGAAUGAAAGCAGUGAGGAGGAGCUCGAGACAGCUGCAGAGGCCGCUGCAGCCUCCCCGCCUGCCGAGGGGGUAGCUGGUCAUGGAGGAGGGUCUGCAGAAUGCUCCCAGAGACUCGCGGUCUCCCGGCCCAGCAGCGCCUAUGAGUUUGGACAGGUCCUAAACACCAUCUGCACCAGGAAAGAUGCAGAGGCCUGUGCACAGCUGCUGGCCGUCACUGCACCCAGAGACCUGCCAGUGUUGCUAAGCAACAGACUGGAAGGGGACAUGCUCUUCCUCCUCGUCCAGUCCCUGCAUAGUCACCUCGCGGUCAAGGACCCCUCGCUGGCGUACGAGCAUCUCUGGUCCUUGAGCAAAGCACAGAGGUUUAAGAUGACCCUGACACUAAUUAACAAAAGCCAAAAGGAGCAGAUGGCCCAGCUGCUUGACAGCCUAGCACAGGCGCCAACCGACGGUUUUACUGCGGAGGAUGUGCAGGCCCUAAGAAGGGAGUAUGAGCUUUAACACCGGCUGCCGCGUUCCCGACGCUCCCAGACCGCACUGCCAUAGAGCAGCAGGGGAGGCUACACUCAGAAGGAUCUGUGUUUGCACUGUUGGACGUUGUACUUAUUUUUAUAUACAGAAUACACACACAUAUAUAUAUUACAAUCCAGUUUUUUACGAAACAGGGUUUCUCUGUAUUGUUUGAGGCUGUCAGUCCAGCCCAGCCUCGAACUCAGAGAUCCGCCUGCCUUUCCCUUCCGAGUGCUGGAAUUAAAGGUGUGCACCACCACCACCUGGCACAAUCCAGUUUUUGUUGUAAAUAUUCUGUUCUAGAGCCAGCACCUUUAUAUUUAAUAGCUACAUUCGGAACUUGGCAAAUUGCAUUCUAAUUUCUAGUCCUUUCAGACACGAACUGAAGACAUUCAUUCCUAUCUUUAAAAGUGAAUGUUAACUUUUCAUGACUGCAUCACCGUCUAUCUCCCUCAGAUAUGCAUAAAAUCCACGUUAGCAGAGUGGCUUAUUGUCAGUUGAAAUGACAACACUUACGUCUACAAGACCAUUACUAGUUUAGAGACACAAGGAACUUAUUUUUUCUAAUAUGAAAACAAACAUGCCUAAUAAAAAUUACCGAAACGUCCAAUCAUUUUUACUAUGUGACUUUCCUCAUAUGUGACCUGUAAGUAGUAAGACUAUACUCAGCCUGUAAUUGUCUUCUGCUUUGAGUACUUUUUACAGUAAAGGGGAAAUGUAUAUAAAGUCA